AUUUUAUUGUUUAAUACCACUGUAGACCAUUCUUUCUUCUUUCAUUGCUAUCUAUCUAUCUUUUAAAUCAAAUACUAUCAAACGUACCUGAUUUUUAUGCUUCAAUCGAAAAAAGAGUCAUUUUUCUUGAAGCGAGACCCGAUAUUGAACGGCCAAGAUGAAUUGGGACCGAUGUAUAAGGAAUCGUGUUCUCUUCUUAAUAUGUCUGACGCCAUGUUUAUACCAUGUAGCGCAGUCGACGACGGCGCCGCCAACGCUUCUCACCGGUUUCCAAUGUGACUUCGAGAUCAGCAUCGUCGAUGGAUGGUGCGGUAUCAGACAGGAGGUCACCGAUAACUUCGAUUGGAUCAGGAAGACGAGUGAUGACCCAAGUUUCACGGAUCCCCAUCCUUCCGGAGAUCAUACUUACAACGUACCACACGCACACUACCUUUACGCAUCCUCCAGCAACGGAUUCAUGGGCCAACUGAACAUGCCCGAUUUUGCCCAGAACACGGGACCACAAUGCUUGGAGUUCUUCUACCAGUUCGGAGGGGACAACUCGGGGCAGCUCAACGUCUACCAGUGGUUGUCGGUGACGAGUAUCCCAUCUACGCCUGCCUUGCAAGUGAUGGGCAAUACUGAUGAUGUUUGGUUUCGUGGUCUUCUAACAAUCAUGCCACAGACGGAUAUCUAUACGGUGUCCUUUGUUGGUGUUGCAGGAUCAAACCAGAAAAGUUUCAUCGCAAUCGAUGAUGUCAAAAUAAGCGAUGGCCUUUGCCCGAUGGUUAACUAUAGCUGCACGUUUGAAAGCAUCGGGUCGGUGGAUGAAAACAUGUGCUACUUCGUACAGGACCCAACGGAUGACGAGGACUGGAUAUUAAGCAAAGGGUCGACUGGUAGUACAUACACAGGCCCAUCAAUCGACCAUACACUCAAAACAGCAGAAGGGUACUACCUCUACGUCGAGGCGUCCUACAUGUCCAUUGGACAUAAGACCCGGGUAAUAACGCCGACUCUCCGGGGAGUGGCCGACGGGAGCCCAGUUGCUUGCCUUACGUUCUUCUAUCACAUGUUCGGCACGGAUGUAGGCGGGCUCAAAGUGUACGUUUUGUCUCUCGGUACGAGUUUGGAUGACGAUACCGUUCCGGAUUGGGGCCUCUCGGGAAACAGGGGCGACAAGUGGCGAGGGGCUGAGGUGGAUAUCACAUUGGCUGACGAUUUUGUGAUUAUUUUUGAAGGUGUACGAGGCGAAUCAUACGAGGGCGAUAUGGCGAUAGACGAUCUUGAUUUUACGAGAGGAGACCAAUGCCCAGGACAACACAAGCCCCCGUCAGGUGACCAGCAAGGGACGUGCGAUUUCGAGGAAGUGGAACUUUGCCUCUACACACAGAACCAGGAUGAUGACGCCGACUGGAUCUGGCAGAACAGGGCCAGUCCGUAUGUAAAUGCUGGACCUCUCUAUGACCAUACCAGUAAUGAUGAGUUUGGAUUCUAUCUCUUCCUGUACGGUGACGUUGGACACCGGGUCACCGCAAGGAUAACAUCUCCUAUUGUACCAUUGCAGUCCUCACACACCUGUCUUCAGUUCUGGUGGUAUCUCUACGGGUUAGACGACGAGUCACUCAACGUUUAUUGUGUCCAAGACGGAGGGCAAAUGGGUGAUCCUCUGAUUAGCAUGUCUGGUGAUUACGGUCCUUACUGGAGGAGGAGUCGCCAUGAGAUCCCGCCAGAACUUACUCCAUGUCGGUUAGUCUUUGAAGGAACGACUGGCAUUCACAAUCGAGACGAGAUUGCAAUCGACGAUGUUGAUGUUUAUCAAAGCCAACAGUGCCCACAAGAUCCGUAUUUUAUUAACCCAACAACUACUCCGCCUACUACCAACAGUGUUAACUGUGAUUUCGAGAACACCAAUGACGCCUUGUGUUCUUGGACCCAGGGGAUACAAGAUGGGUUCGAUUGGGUCCUCAACAGCGGUCCUACCGAGGAUUACAAUAGUGGCCCGGAUGUAGACCACACUCUGCAAACCGAUCAAGGACACUACAUGUUGGUGAAUUCAUACGAGGACAUUCCCAGAAAUACCAGAGCAGUGUUGGGGUCGCCUUUAAUCGCACCCUCUACGAACAACCGUUGUUUCAAAUUAUGGUACUACAUGAGCGGCUACAACUCGGACUUCUUGAAUGUGUUCAUCUUACCCUACGGCUACGUCCUACCCAUGGAUCCUAAUUUGCAGAUCUACGGCAACAGCGGUCCUCAGUGGCUCCAGGCCCAGUUGACAGUACCGUCAUCUACAAGGAGUUUCUAUAUUGUAGUCGAAGGAACAGUUGGCGAUUCAGUAUAUGCUGCUGAUAUUGCAGUCGAUGAUUUCUCGAUGACUACUGGUAGCUGCACAGCAACAUCGGAUCCCCUGUAUCCUUUUGUCGCAAACUGUGAUUUUGAAGAUGGUAUGUGCGGUUACACGCAGCCCAACGAGGAUUAUGAGAAUGACGACGAGUUUGACUGGUUCCUGAAUUCCGGUCCAACAGGAACAGACGGUUCGGGGCCCAAUGCUGACCAUACCAAAGGGACAGCUGACGGUCAUUACCUGUACGUAGAAGCUUCUCAGCCUCGUCGACCAGGCGAUCGAGCUCGGAUCAUCUCCCCGCCCAUCACCUAUUUCAAUGACAGUUACUGUCUGCAGUUUUUCUACCACAUGAGCGGGGAUGACACCGCUUCUCUUUCGGUGGUGCAUCGCGGCGACUAUUAUCCGGAUGAAGAGAUUGCUCGCCUCACCGGACCGGAUGGGAACAAAUGGCAACCGUACAACGUUGAUGUUAGUGUCAAGUACGGACCAGUCGAAAUUGUUUUUACAGGCACGGUUGGAAACAACUACCGAGGUGAUAUUGCUUUAGAUGAUAUUAAGUUCUUCCCCGGAUCGUGCGGAGGCUUUCCUGCUACUUCAUUUUGUAAUUAUGAAUAUGGAUACGAGCACUGUGGCUAUACGCAGAGCACCGAUGACCAACUGGACUGGAUCUGGUAUGAUGCCUUGGCUGGAGAAACCCCUCCGGUUGAUUGGCCAGGAUAUGGGUCAUUCGUCUACGUCGAUGGCUUCAAUAAGACAGCGGGAUCCAAGGCUGUACUACAGUCAGAGACCAUGUCACCAACGAAUAAUGACCACUGCUUUUCUUUUUUUUAUAAACUGGAAAAAGGCAUGAGUAUAAGUUUUAUCAGGGUUUCACAAGAUGGAUCCCGCCAGCAACUCUUGUCGUACAAUCAGCCAGCAGAGAUGACGUAUGUCGAGUAUAACAUACCCAUAGCCGAGCAUCCCAACAUAUAUAAGGUUUACUUUGAAGCUACCGUAGAAGACAACAUGACUGCGGGGCUAGCUGUCCUUGAUAACACCUUCUUUGUUUUCGGUGUUUGUGAGUCUGGUCAGCCAAUAUCAGAUACAACUACCACAGUAGCCAUCAUUCUUGGCAUCCUGCUCGGUGUGGCAGUAAUCGUUCUAGUAGCCAUGGGCGUCCUCCACUACCGCAAGACAGCACAGAAGUCGGAUUCUUACCCAGCAGCAAUGUCGUACAAAAAUGGCGGGACCAACCCCACUCCAGUAAAUCCAGUAGAUUUGACUAAAGAUCCCGGUAUUGAUAAUCCUAAUUACACGACAGCUCCCUUUUCAUCUGCGUAGAUCACAGCAUUAUUCCAAGUGUCGGUAUGCUAAGAAUCUUUUAAUACUGGUUGUGGUUAAAGUGGCCGGUAUGAACGGGAAGAGGAGUUCAGAGCAGUGUCUGUUUAGCUUUUAUAAUUAGCGUAUUUUCGUAAGCACUAUACGCAGACGCUUUCUACAACGCACCAAUUCCUUUGAAAAUCACAAUGGAGAGGUGAGAGGUUUUUGUCUAAAGUUGGUUGACCGGGACAGCAGAUCAUCUAAAGAUUCGGACCGGACGAAAAAUUGCAAAUAUGUCGUUUGUCCAGAGUCCAGGACGACACUGCUGUUACAAUUUUUCGACAAAGACUGCUCUGGUAUGAAGGGCUUUUGACAAUAGAUUCUCUACGUUACAGAAAGCGUCUGCGUAGUAAUUGCGAAAAUGCACUAUUAAGGUUUUAUAGCUACCGAGUCAUGUUUAUAGCAACUGCAACAUGUUCGAAGUAUGUAUAUAGAAUGCUGGUGAGAAAAAUAAUUUACAUGAGCCCUGGUUUUGCCCGUGUUCCCUUUUUGUAGAACCUUUAAUAUGAUGGUCUCGAAGGGAUUAUGCAUUUUCUCGAGAUGGGCAAAAUGGUCCUUGUAAAAUCUGUAAUAUUGUUUUGAAGGCUUUCCUAUAUUUCUUUUUCUUUUUGGUAUUCUGAAUAAACUUUCAAACUGUAGAGUAGCAUGAUAUUCAUAUCUAAGAUUGUAUAGUAACUGAAUAAAUUUGUCAUUUUGAUUUUAUUUCAAAGGGACUUAUUCUUGAUUCGUGAAAACAGCAAUUUUAAGUCUAGUAGGAUACUUCCAUAUGGAUUCAUGACAAUAACAACAAAUGUGUCGAUAUGAAACGUAUCUUGAUAGUUGUUUAUCGGUGAGAGCUACAUUCAUAAAGUAUAGUUCUAUUCUAUUCAAAAUUUUCAAACAAAUUUCAUUAUUGUAGGGAGAAAGUGAGAAUGCAAAUGGGUGAGGUUUAAAAAAAAUAUACAAUGAAAUGAACUCAACAGGCGUACUAUUUAUCAAGUUGUUAGGCUCCAAUAGUAGUUGGACAAUUAAAGUUUGUGUUUUGGAGUUGUUGCUCGCUUUUCAACUAUUUAGAGCUUUCACUGAUACACUCCUUUAAAAGGCAAGAUUCAUCUGACGUCAAGUUGCAUGGGUAAUAUAAACAAGUGGAAGAACAUUCUGAUAAAGUUCUGAUGGGCAUUUGAAAAGUAAUACAGAUUUAAUUGUUUUGUUUGAUUUUUUUAAUUUUGUGAUGUCACUUGCCAGCAGCUUUCCCCAUAUGUCAUGCGAUAUAACUUCCCAUUUUUUAAUGGAUCAUUUUAACUGAAAAUAUAUUUGACCUACGGAAUAAUUUUUCUGAUGAUAUAUUUAGUGCAUAGAUAAAAUUUCUAUGGAAAUUUGCCUAUAAGGAAUGUCGUAGCUGCUCGCAUGUGACGUCAUAAAACUAAGAAACUGUAUUAAAUUUAUAUUAUAUAUUUUGAUGUAGGGGCAGAUCCAGGAUUUUCCAAAACAGAAGCCAUUUUGCAAAAAAUGUUUUGACAAGUCCCCUCCCUCCCCCCAAAAAGAGUAUGUAUUCAGUAGUUCAAUGCAAAAGUCCAAGCUCAUCACUUUAACCCAGAGAUUUGCUUACAUGAACCUAAAAUAUUAGGGGAUUUUUUAUGUAUAUAAAUUUAGGACCAUUUUAUAUCACACUUGAUACGAUACCUCAUAUCUAGUGCUCACCAUAAGAAAAUUGUAAAUGUAGCAACUCUUACUAAUAUUUCUUAAUUCAAUUACAUAGGAAUUCAUUCUUCAAGAAAUUAAGUUGAAUUAACAGUAGAUUUGAAAGUGCAAUAAUUUGAAUAUAAUAAUGAUUUUGAUGAUAUUGAUAUCAUUUUGGCAAGACUAAUAAUAUUCAUGAUAUUAUGUAUAAGUUAUGAAUUUUAAUGGGUGUUUUUUUUUCUUUCUUUGAGACCUAUAGGAAAGUUUAUAAACCUAACGUUCUGCAGUGGGUGACAAUAAACUCUGAACCAAAUCUAAAUAAAUGUUUGCAAAAAGAACGUUUAUUCUAAAAUAUAUGAAAUUGAAAACUGGUCUAUUGAUUUUCCUAAUCUAAAGAGUUUUUUCCUCUAAUCUAACAGUGACAUAUUCACUUAGUUUGAUUAUUGUGAAUUUAAAUCAUGGUUUCCCAAUUCUGUAGCCAAAUGAACUCGCGAAAAAAAAAUCUGAAAGUGCAUGACAGUGAAAAUCCAAAUGUGGGUCAAAAUGUCAAUUUAUAUCAAUGUAUUUUGAGAACAUGAACUUGAUUUACUUCUGCAGAUACUUAUAUCAUGUCACAUCAUGUAUGAACAUUAUCUACACAUUCUAUCCUUUUCAUUUAUAUAUAUUAUUCAGUUGAACAAACUAAUCGAUCCACAGGUCAUCAAUCCAUAUUUUUUAAAAUAUCGUAUAAUCAUGUUAUUUUGUGUUAAUAUAAUUUAUCUAUUUCGGUAAUUUUCUCAUAACAUCAAGUAACAUUCGCAUUCAUGAAAUACCGAGAUACAAAUAGUUUUACUUCCAUAUACGAAAUACCAUUCACGUAUUCAGUACAUGUUAUAUUGUGUAUGUGUAAUACAAAAUCUGAAAUGAGAUCACUAAACUAUUCAAAUUUAAAGAUUUACUUUGCAAACGUACCACUAGAGUACAGUCACUUUUCAUGAACACAUUUGAUUGAUGAAUAUAUACAAGAGCUGAUUAGGAACUUAAGGUUAUGAAAAUUUAAUAUUGCCAGUUUGCGUGAUAAGGCUGGACAUACUCUUCAAAGUGAUAAAAGGUUAUGCAAGCCAGAAAAGUUCUUGCUUACCAUGCCAACUUGCAACGCUAAAUACGAUUGUGGUUAUACUGGAAACAUUCAGUACCAAUUGAAAUCUGUCAAUUAUUAAGCUUCAAACGGUUUCAAUUAUCAUAGAUUCGAUUUAUUUAUUUCCGUUCAACAAAAAACAAACAAAAUAUAAUUGAAGUAAUAGUACAUAUUCAAAACAAUAUAGACAGUUCAAUGACAUUUCAUAACAAAUGUAGAGAUGAAUUAAGUGAACUUGCCAAGAAAAGCAAUGCUUGUAUAAAAGGCAAGCCCCUAAACGUAGUUUCAAUACUAAUUAACAAAGCUAUAUACAAUAAUUGAGACGGAGACGAGCUAAAAAAAUCACAAUAAAGAGAAUAAGCGACUACAAAAAUAAACUUGUUCUCAUCAUAGAGAUGAGAAGUCUAUCACAAUUUUUAAAGAUAACAAAUGAAAGAAACCAGGCCUAAGACUACAUUAUAAUUAUAUCUAAAUUUACAAUACCUUUGUUGUAGGGGCGUAACGGUGGAAGGGGUAGGGAGUACCCUUUGAAAUUUAAAAAUAUUUUUUCUUCAUGCGAACACAAAGCUCAAAUAAUAGAGAGCAAAUAUCGAAGGAAAAAAAUCCCUCUAAUGUGCAAUGAAGUUAUGAAUAAUUACACACCUUGAGCAUUUACCCGUCUCUCCAUUAACCCAGGGAUAUAUACUCAAAUUUCUAUAUCAUAUGAUUAGUGAAAGGUCUGGUUUUGAUAAUGAUUUAUAGGCCUUUUCAGAUAAGGAAAUGAAACCGACAUUUGAUAGGGCCUACUAUCCCCAAAUUUAUUUCUCUCAGCUCCCAUUUUUCAUGCUUCCUCUACUAGGUUCUAUUAUUAAGUUAUCAUAUUAUUUGUUUCGGGGUACAUAAACACAAGCAUUUCCCUCUUUCAAAUUUAAAUAAGGAUGGUAUAAUUGCUCUGGCAGUAUAUGAUAAUAAAGUGGCCUUAAGAUAUAGUC